UUUUAGGGACAAGCCUGGAGAGCAGCAGGACAAGGAGAAGACACCCAGACUGUGCCUGAAGGGCAAAACCAGAAACCAGAAUGUGGUUAUUCUACUGCUCUAAAACAUUCCCUCCAGUGCAGCUUCCUAGAAAGCAUCUGGAACGGCUGCAUUUUCUACUUUUAGAGGCGAUAAGAGAUGGGAAAAUAUUGGCUUCUGCCAAGUGAGGAAUGUUUGGAGGCGACAGAGCUGGAUGCAGAAACUUCAGUUUGUAGUUCCAGGACCUGUUUGCUGCAAACAGUGAAAAAAAUCUGCUCUUUUCCCAUAUGUGGAUUGAAAAACACCCCGUGGCGAGUGAACCGUGGACGUCUCGUGGUUCCAGUAAAAAUUAAGGACCUAAAAAAUCCAUUGUUUGUUUUCUCCAAGGAUUUUCAGGGAGACAGGUUUGUGAUUCCUUGGGAGCAAAUGUGAUCAUGCUGCCUAUUAGGCCUGGAUGUGCUUGGAUUAUCCUGCUGCUGCUGUGACAAUCAGCAGGAUUAUUCCAGGGAGUAACUGGAAACUGGAGAUUUUUCCGGAUCGGCUUCACUUGGAAUAAACAUCACGUCAAUGGAAACAGAAUGGUGGAACCUUUCCCAGAGGGAACACAGAUGGCUCUGUUUGGUAUGGGCUGUUUCUGGGGAGCUGAGAGGAAGUUCUGGAGGCAGAAGGGAGUUUACUCCACUCAAGUGGGUUAUGCAGGAGGUCACACCCCAAACCCCACCUACAAGGAGGUCUGCUCAGGCAGGACUGGUCACACCGAGGCCGUUCGAGUGGUUUAUCAGCCAGAAAACAUCAGCUUUGAGCAACUGCUCAAGGUCUUCUGGGAGAAUCACGACCCGACACAAGGGAUGAGGCAAGGCAAUGAUGUUGGCACUCAGUAUCGCUCGGCGAUCUACACGUUUUCCCAGGAACAGAUGGAAGCUGCCUUGAGGUCUAAGGAGGAAUAUCAAAAGGCAUUGACGGAGGGAGGCUUCGGUCCCAUCACCACGGAAAUCCGGGAGGCUCCCGAGUUUUAUUACGCCGAGGAUUAUCACCAGCAGUACCUCAGCAAGAAUCCCGGCGGAUACUGCGGCCUCGGGGGGACGGGGAUUUCCUGCCCCGUCGGCGUCAAGAAAUAGCCUCUGCUUACUCCACCACCUCCACUUUGGCUUAGGGAGUUUGGGAAAAGACCAUCAACCCUGGUAGAUGCUCCAGUGCAGCCAGUGCGUAAAGAUUUGGGAAUCUGUUGGGGAGGUUUUCCAUGAUCGGAGCCACUUCGCAUUCAUCGGCAUUAAAAACCAAAUUAAAGGCAAAAAUUUUGUUUUAGGGAGUUUGGGAAAAGACCGUCAACCCUGGUAGAUGCUCCAGUGCAGCCACACCAUCAGUGCAUAAAGAUUUGGGAAUCUGUCGGGGAGGUUUUCCAUGAUCGGAGCCGCUUCGCAUUCAUCGGCAUUAAAAACCAAAUUAGAGGCAAAAAUUUUGUUUUAGGGAGUUUGGGAAAAGCCCGUUGACCCUGAUAGAUGCUCCACAGCAUCCACACCAUCAACGCAUAAAGAUUUGGGGAUCUGUUGAGGAGGUUUCCCGUGAUUGGAGCAGCUUCUCAUUCAUCGACAUUAAAAACCAAAUUAGAGGCAGAAAUUGCUUCUUGCUCUGGGGAGUUCACAGGGUUUCCUUGGAAUAUGGAGAGGUGGAAAGAGAUUCAAACUUCUCCAAGUUUGGCUCCAAGUGCUGUUAAAAGGAGGAAUUAGGAGGUGGUUGCAUCCAUAACUGCUUUGGCACAGCUCAUGCCUUCAGAAAUGUUGAUUUCCUCGGAUUGAGGAAUUUGUGGGUGUUUUGAGAGCUUUGACUUCUGGAGACAUGGUUGGGCUCUUUAACUAUCACCACCCUGUAAUUUGGUGUCUUUGGGAAUGAUGAGCUGAUAAGUAAUUGUCCCACAACUCUGCUUUCUAGGAUCACCUCUAGUGCCUGUUUUCUGAAAUAAUUUUAGUAAGAGGAAGUACAAAUUGUAAUGUGUUGCUGCUUCUUGACAGUUCCAAAACAAAAAGAAAUCAGUUUUGUUUCCUGCACUGCAAUAAAUUACAGAAAAAGAAAAGAAAAAUGUUGUCU